GCAUUGCAUACUUCCAGUGUUACGACAAUUCCACUUGAUGCAUUGAGCCCAUUGCGGCGGAACUUCCCUUCUUUCUCUCAGCUUUGUUGUGUCUUCUGUGGUGAGAAGUGAAACAAACAAAAAUGUUUUCGUCUGCGCUCAAAUCCCUGAGCUCUAACAUAUCGUCCAACUACCACAUCUCUCCACACCCCACCGUGGUCUCCGGUCCUUGGAAAAUCCAUGAUGGGAAGAAGAAAUCUACCGGAACCACAGCGUCAAUCUUUAUAUUUGACAAGAAGGUUCUCGAACCAAGAUCAAGUGGACUUGGUAGUCGUUCCAGCUCUUCAACCAAAAAGCUGCAAGAAGAUGUUGUUGAACGCCUGAAGCGGGAAGCGAGCAACCUUGCGCGGCUCCGGCAUCCGUCUGUCCUUCAAGUGCUGGAGCCUGUCGAAGAGACUCGGAACGGCGGACUCAUGUUUGCUACAGAGCAGAUUACCGCAUCUCUUGCAGGACUACUGCAGACAAAAGAUGCGCAGGAGAACACUUCGAGGAUCGGCUCGAGGUCCAGCCGUUACAUGGUGGAAGAGCCCGACGGCACGCGCAGGCGAAGAGACCUCGAGAUCGACGAACUAGAGAUCCAAAAGGGCUUAUUGCAAGUUGCCAAAGGUCUCGAAUUCCUCCACGAGUCUGCCGGGCUUGUCCACGGCAAUUUGAACCCCGAAGCCAUCUACAUCAAUGCCAAAUCGGAUUGGAAAAUCUCUGGCCUUGGAUUUGCCGGCCCCGCGAGCUCUACUGAGUCGCGUUCUACUCUCCCACCUUUGGCUCUAUCAGAAGUUCUCUACCAAGACCCACGCCUGCCUCAAUCUGUGCAAUUGAAUCUGGACUAUACUUCGCCCGAUUUCGUCCUCGAUACCAACGUCACUCCUGCAGCGGAUUUGUUUUCACUCGGUCUUAUUAUAGUGGCGCUUUAUAACUCACCCCAUGUUUCCCCUCUACAGACGCAUUCCAACGUGAAUACGUACAAAAAACUUCUCAGCUCUCCAUCCAGCACUCCCUCCCAAGGCAAUAACUUCUUAUCUUCGGGCCCGAUUCCAAAGGACGUCCUUUCUCACGUUUUACCCAGGCUGAUAACGAGAAGGCCUGCUCAGCGUCUAAAUGCACGCGAGUUUCAACAAUCUCAGUACUUCGAUAAUAUUCUGGUCUCGACCAUUCGCUUUCUGGAGUCUCUACCUGCGAAAAAUGCCAACGAAAAGUCGCAGUUCAUGCGCGGGCUUCAACGGGUCCUGCCAGAGUUCCCAGCCUCCGUGCUAGACAGAAAGGUUUUGGGCGCCUUACUGGAGGAGCUGAAGGAUCGUGAGCUUUUGCCUCUUAUUUUGAGCAAUGUGUUUGCAAUCUUGCAGCGCAUUCCCAAUGCACGCCGCGCGUUCCCGGAGCGAGUGAUACCUCAGCUCAAAGAGGCUUUCCCGACAGGGAAAGGUGCUGUCCAAGACCGCGACUCUAAAAGAGAUGCGGGUCUUUUGGUCGUCCUAGAAAAUAUGCACGUCGUGGCAGAUAAUUGUUCUGGAAAGGAGUUCAAAGAAGACAUCUUGCCUCUGAUUCGUCUGGGACUCGAUUCACCCACACACACCCUGGCAGAUGGUGCAAUCAAGUGCUUACCGGUUAUUCUCCCGGUCCUUGACUUUAGCACUGUCAAAAACGAAGUUUUCCCGCCUAUAGCUUCGACUUUUAGUCGGACUAACAGUCUUGCCAUCAAAGUGCGUUGUCUGGAAGCGUUCGCUGUUCUUUGUGGCGGCUCCAUGGGAGGCAAGGAGGCAAUUGGAGAUGAUCUAUCGGGCGUAAGCCAAACAAGCAAGUCGCAGUCCAUGAAGUCAUCCAUCUUAGACAAGUACACGAUACAAGAAAAGCUUGUCCCGUCAUUGAAAGCCAUCAAAACCAAGGAACCAGCUGUCAUGAUGGCUGCUUUGUCUGUCUUCCGCCAAAUCAAAACAGUGGCGGACACCGACUUUCUUGCUCUGGAAGUCCUCCCGGUUCUCUGGAGCUUCAGUCUCGGACCCCUCCUUGACCUGCGUCAAUUUGGGGAAUUUAUGACUCUAAUCAAAGAUAUCUCCUCGAAGAUCGAAAAGGAGCAAACAAAAAAGCUCCAGGAGCUUUCGUCCGGAGGAGAUACUGGAGGGUUCCAGAACGGCACUGGGUCUUCUUCAGCAGCCUCAAUCUCGACGGGGCAGUCUAACAUGGACAACACGAGAGACAACUUUGAGCGUCUUGUUCUAGGACGAACGGCAGCUACGUCCAAUGAUCAGGAUAUUGACCAAUGGGGUAGCCUCACCUCGGGGCCUCCUGCAGUGCAGUCUAGUACUGCUCAACCGACAUCGCCUGCAGGCUUCUCCUGGCCUUCUAGUACUACAAGUCCAAGUGCGAAAGGGAGCAUGCUCCCGGCGCAAAACAAUCUCAGUAUGCGUUCGAUCACUCCUGAUUACAGCUUGAACACAUUCCCGUCUCUAGCACCUGCCACUCGGGCAAAAUCUCCCCCAACGCCAUCAUUUCCUACUCUGCAGCCUUCGCCUUCUUCAUCGUGGAGCAUACCAACCCCCGCAACUAAUCAGCAAUCGACUCAGAGAUCUAAUGUUUCGGGUGUAUCUCUGGGAGCGUUAGCGAACAUGAAGACACAGGCUCCUAUGCCUAGCCAAGCCACUCAAGCUGCUCCCAAUUACUCUGCAUUUUCAAUCCCUCCGCCUCCGUCGGGUCACAGCUCCGUUGGAUCGUUUGGCAGUCCCGGGGGACUAGCUAAGCCGGGGGGCUCGGCUUUUGGUACAACUGCCUCCUCCAAUGCGUUCCUAAACAACAGUGCGCCACAAGCAACACCAAAGCAAGGCCUCGAUAAGUACGAGAGCUUGCUGUGAACCCCGGAGGUAAGGUUAUACAAUGGUUUCAACCGCAUAUUUUGCAAAUUAUAGCCACCAGGCUUUGAUAUUCUUUGGGAUUUCCCCUUUAUUUCGUUUUGUCUUUCUAGCAUAGUCACCGGUUAUGUUGUGUGUACAGCAUCAUGCAUGAUUCCCCCAUGGUUUCAGGCGUAGUUCAAAAUGGGCUUCAAAAAGUUUUCAUUUCCUCCAUUGUCUAAGUUGGCUCCUUAUGGAGCAAAAGAAGGGGUGUGACAUAUCUAGUAUACUACCAUCAUCAGACCACAUCGUGGUAAUGGAGCAUGAGGAGAGGGCAGUGUUGGUGUGAGUUGU